GGUCAUCUGUCGCCUGGCUACGGGAGCUCUAUGGUCGGGGAGAGCUAGCCGGCUAGCAGCGUCUCUCAAUCCUUUCUCUCUUUGACACGGUAUACAUAUCUACCGUCAGCUCUUUCAGAAAGAAACUUUCCUGGAUUUGGAGGAACAUGAAGGUGCAAAGUAGAGACAGUCACGAAUGGUGAAGAUAGAAUGCAGAGUUCUCAACUUGUUUUCUGUUCACUUAUUGAAAGCUGCACAUUUAUGGCGUUUGUCAGUGUGAGUGGAGACUUCUGCCAGGCACAGCACCUGGUCAUUGUAGACAAGUGAACAGAGGUCCUGCCGUAUGAAGAUUAUACUACCUGACUGCCCGUCUUAAAUUCUGCCCUUUCGGGGAGCAUCUUUUUUUUUGUCCAGAGUUAACGUGUAUGAAUCGGUUUGAGCCAAUCCAGGUACUAGAGAGCGAAUCGUUCUUUCUCUUUAGUGCCAACUGAUCAGCUCUCCUCUCCUGAAUGGGAAGAUUCAGAAGUUGUUUUCAUCAAGUCCAGUUAAUACUUCAUUUGAGUGUCAAAAUGAAUCGCCCUGCUCCUGUUGAGAUCACCUACGAAUGCAUGAGGUUUCUCAUCACCCACAAUCCCACCAAUUCACAGCUGGCCAAGUUUACAGAGGAACUAAAGAGUUUUGGAGUGCAGACGCUUGUUCGGGUUUGUGAUGCAACUUAUGACAAAACACCAGUGGAAAAAGAAGGCAUUGAAGUUUUGGAUUGGCCUUUUGAUGAUGGUUGUUCGCCCCCUGAUCAAAUUGUUGACGACUGGUUGAACCUUCUCAAAUGUAAAUUUAAAGAUGAACCAGGCUGUUGCAUUGCAGUACAUUGCGUUGCUGGAUUGGGACGAGCUCCUGUCUUGGUGGCCAUAGCCUUAAUCGAAUGCGGGAUGAUGUACGAAGAUGCUGUCGAGUAUAUUCGUCAGAAAAGGCGUGGGGCUUUUAACGCCAAACAGCUUAUGUACCUUGAAAAAUACAAACCCAAGAUGCGCCUGCGCUUCAAGGAUGCCAAUGGUCAAAACUGCUGCAUUCAGUAAAUAAACAUUCAUCCAAAGGAUCUUUGGAAACGACUGAUAUAAUUAUUAUUGUUAGUGUUAUGAUCCAUUUUUGUUUGAUUACUAUAUUGGACCAGGAUUUUGCUGUACUACAGUGCCAAGCACACAAGCAGGUUAUGCAGUAGUGUUUUUUUGACCAAACAGUCUAGCCAAUCUUGUAAACUCACAGGCAGGUCUCGCUAGUGAUGUUUUUCAUUGUGGCAAACACAUUGGUAUAAUGAUUGAGUGCAGUUGUUAGUGUUUUAUGCCCUAUCUAAAACUAGGUGUCCCCAGUUUUCUGGAUUGUGUAACAACAUCCUGCGGUGAUCAGCAUCCUGCUGUAAGUGAUCUCACUUUGUUGGUGCUUCUCUUGAAGUCUGUCAGCUUCUCCAAAGUUACAUGGGCACCUCUACUGUAUCUAAUGUUAGAGAUAUUAAACAUUCCAAGAGAUUCAUAGCUCUGAUGGAUACUAGAUUAUGGUUGUCAGUAAAACGGACAGAUGAAUGAAAUCCUAGAUAAUCCAAUCAACAAAACUUCCUCUUCAAACUGAUUGUGAAAUGAGUCAAAUUCACAGAAUUAAAAAAAAAAAAAAUCCAAUUAUUUUAUUUUUGGUGUAAUGUUUUUUUUUCUCUUCACUUAAUGCUGGUGGAAACCUGAAAUUUUGGCAGAAAUGGACAUCUGAUACACUGUAGUAUGUGCAAGAAACAUUGUAUUCGAUGUCUGUAAUACAAUAGAAACGUAAUGUAUAUCAUGGUAGUGAAUAUUUUUUCAAUACUCAUGUAUGGUGUAAAGCAAUUCAAAUUCCACGAAUCUGAUUCUUGAAAUCAGAUUUAACAUCCUUAAUUAUGUAUAUUAUUAAACAUGAAUGAGUAAAG